CGCGUUUGCCUCGAACUUCACGCCUCUCUUCUCGCUCCCCAAUCCACCACUCUCUCUCGCUCUCUCUCGCUCUCUCUCUCGCUCUUCAGUCUAACAAGGUCAGUCUUUCCAUACUUCUUUUUAUCUCAUCCUUUGUCUAGUGGGUUACAGUCUACAGAACAGAGAUACAUUCAUAAACAUAUAUUUGUGGUGAUCGGUUCAAUAGGUUUAUGUGUGUGAUGUUGAGUUUGGUGAUUCAAACUUGGACUGAAGACUCAUGCGGAUUUUGGGUCACUUUUGUUUGCUACUGAUUGUUUGCUCUGUUGUUGAUUUUUAUAAGAGAUUUUUGGAAUAUAUUUUGGGGUUUCUCUUUAUGGAUUGUGUUUCAUUUUUUACUCGGAACAGUGAUUUUGGAGGUGGGUUUUUCGUAUUUGGGUGUUUUAGGCAGUUGUUCAAUGUGCUUGGUAUUUUUUUGCUAUUCAGUUUAGGAUUUAAGGUACUGCAAUUUGGGUACCAUUUUAAUUUUAAAGGGAAAUCAAGUGAUUUAAGAAAUGGGUUUUGUUCAAAAAUUUGUAUAGAUGAUGGGAAAUGCAAUAACCCAAAGAUUUCACUAUUGGAGACCAUGAUGGGACAAUUGGGGGAAACUCGAGAUGUUGCAAAUGGAAAUGGUGAUGUCAAAGCAAAUAUUGUUUUAAAUGAUUAUUUUGGAGAGAAAUCAGGUGAUUUGAGAAAUGGAUUUUGUUCGAAAAAAUGUGUUAAUAGGAAAUGCAACACAAGGAUUUCACUUUUGGAAAGUUUGGAAAGUGAAUUGGAGGAAACUCCAAAAAUUGCAAAUGGAAAUGGUGAUUUCAAAGCUUCAAAUGAGGAAUAUGGUGAUGACAGUGAUGAACAAGAAUGUCAUGAGGAAGAUGAAGAAGUUGAUGUCAUGGCAUUGAGAAAAUUGGUGAGGAUUGAGAGGCAAAGAGCUAAUGCUGCUUAUUUGGAACUCGAGAAGGAGAGGUUAGCAGCUGCGACUGCUGCUGAGGAGGCAAUGGCAAUGAUUUUAAAACUUCAAAAUGACAAGAGCUUGAUUGAAAUGGAGGCCAAUCAGUACCGGAGAUUGACCGAGGAAAAGCAACUCCGUGAUCAAGAAGUGAUCCAUUCAUUAAGAUGGAUUGUAAUGAAGCACGAAUCAGAGAGGGGUCUUUUGGAAGACCAAUUGAGAUUUUUUAGGCAGAAAUUGAAGCCCUCCGUGGAGGGUUAUGAAGGGGAUCAAUCCGAGGGAAUUCACGAGUCUUUGAGCUUUUUCAACUCAGACAUUGAGGAUAGUCCUGGUGGUGAUGCACUGAUUAGCUCGCUUGAGAUGGAUUUGUCACCAUAUGAAAAUAUGAACUGGGAAGGUGCUAGUAUGAAUUGGUAUUAUGCAUUGCACUUUUCUUCCCAUUUGAUCAAUAUAUCUUGGCUCAGUUAAAUUAUAUGCUCUAGUUUUUGCGGUAUACCCUUAUACUUUUAGCAAGUAGUGUACUCAUUUGGAUCUUGAAUUUAUCAAAGGAAAGGAAAAUAAUAGGGAAAUGGAUUUAACUUCUUUCACUUGAUUCUCUUUUCCUAUCUCUUCCCUUGUCUUUUUCCUCUACAAAUCCAAGAUCCAAACAUGGCAUUGGUGAAGUUUAGUUGAAUAUUCUACUUAUCAAAAAAAAAAAAGUUUAGUUGAAUUUUCUUCAAUUAGAGAGUGCCAGAAAAGGUCUUCUUUUAUAUCCUUUUCUUUCUCCCUCCCCUGGAACUAUUUUCUAGAUUAAAUAUGAAGUUCUUUCCUGUAAAACAAUGGUAGAUUAAAUUUCCCUGCAUUGAUUUGUUUUUUGUACUUUUUCUAAUAUAAAGUAUUUAGACAGAGUGACCACAAGGAAUGUUGUUCCAUUCUUCCUGAAAUUCCACAUGGGUGAAGAAUAAGUACUAAAAUUAUUUUUUUUGUGAGGAGCUCUCUAUUGCACAUCAAGACAAUCGGCCUCAGGUAAUACCAUUGUCUAAACUAUCAGUCUUGGUUCCCUAUGAACUUGCAACCGCACCUUGUUAGGAUCAAAUUCACUUUUGUUGGUGAACUGGCCAUCCCAUACCUUCUGCUUGUCUUAUAUGUGUGGAACCAGGUCUUUUUCAGUUGCAGGCUCCCCCUUGAAUACAUAGGGUAGAUAGGUCUGGGUGGGAAGUGUUCGUAUUGAUUUCGAACGCCCUCUGAACUUUUUGCAUGUUCAGAAACAGUGCUUAGUCCCCAUUCCUGGUAGACUAAUUCAAUAUGUCCCUUGUUUGUUCAUUUUUUUAGUUUGUCGUGUACGUUUAUUUGUCUUACCUAAGAAAGCCUAGCCAUCUAAUAAGUACUAGAGGUCCAUUCAAUGCUCUACUAAGCUUGAUCUCAUUUAAGAAAGAGUAGAGCCAUAACAUAAAUAUUAAAAAUUCAACUUAUAAGGGAAACCUUUCGCAACAAAUGUGGUUGUUGCUUUUGAUCUUCUUGCACUAGACAAUGACACUUCCUUUUAAGAAAUCACCGACAGUUUAUCUCUAGAAAUACUGCAUUUUUACUUAUUCCUAAUCUGCUACAUUACUCCGAAUAAACUCUUCCUAUGAAGUAAUGACAAGUUUUCAUUCUCAUGCUGCACUUGUUUUAUGAGGGAAAAAAUGAAGAGA